CCGGAAGUACUUUUUGCCCCCAAUGAAGAGACGUACUUUCCGGAGCAAAGUCAACACUUGCAACAAGUUGACCUCCCUAGCCUUCUCAUCUUAUAGAACGGCCUCUUUACAAAAUCAUCAUGCCGUUCAUUGAUUUAGAAAGCAACUUACCUGAUAGUAUGUUUUCUGAGGAUUUCUUGAAAAAGCUGUGCUCCAAAACAGCUGCUGUUCUAGGGAAACCCGAAGAGGUGAGUAGGCUACUGUAUCUAGAAUGUUACUGAGUGAAGUUGUUUUGCCUCACUCCAUCUGUCUGCCUUUGAUACAUUGUAUUGUUUGCUAAUUAUUUAGUUCUACUCAGAUUGCAGUUAGCUAGCUGUAGCCUAGUUGUCGAACUCAAGCCUUACCGUCUACAGUAUUGAAUGGGCAAGCUGUAGCCUUGCUCACUAGAACCCAAGGCAUUCUGCCUUAUCCCAAGGGUUCUCAGCUAUAAGCACCGCUUACCAUGUGAACUACAAUCCCGACGCUCUGUUUUAACAUUUAGAAACGUAAAUAAUAAUCGCGUGCAAUACGUUUUUUUCGAAACAUACAGUGGGGAAAAAAAGUAUUUAGUCAGCCACCAAUUGUGCAAGUUCUCCCACUUAAAAAGAUGAGAGGCCUGUAAUUUUCAUCAUAGGUACACGUCAACUAUGACAGACAAAAUGAGAAAGAAAAAUCACAUUGUAGGAUUUUUAAUGAAUUUAUUUGCAAAUUAUGGUGGAAAAAUAAGUAUUUUGUCAAUAACAAAAGUUUCUCAAUACUUUGUUAUAUACCCUUUGUUGGCAAUGACACAGGUCAAACGUUUUCUGUAAGUCUUCACAAGGUUUUCACACACUGUUGCUGGUAUUUUGGCCCAUUCCUCCAUGCAGAUCUCCUCUAGAGCAGUGAUGUUUUGGGGCUGUCGCUGGGCAACACAGACUUUCAACUCCCUCCAAAGAUUUUCUAUGGGGUUGAGAUCUGGAGACUGGCUAGGCCACUUCAGGACCUUGAAAUGCUUCUUACGAAGCCACUCCUUCGUUGCCCGGGCGGUGUGUUUGGGAUCAUUGUCAUGCUGAAAGACCCAGCCACGUUUCAACUUCAAUGCCCUUGCUGAUGGAAGGAGGUUUUCACUCAAUCUCACGAUACAUGGAUCCAUUCAUUCUUUCCUUUACACGGAUCAGUCGUCCUGGUCCCUUUGCAGAAAAACAGCCCCAAAGCAUGAUGUUUCCACCCCCAUGCUUCACAGUAGGUAUGGUGUUCUUUGGAUGCAACUCAGCAUUCUUUGUCCUCCAAACACGACGAGUUGAGUUUUUACCCAAAAGUUCUAUUUUGGUUUCAUCUGACCAUAUGACAUUCUCCCAAUCCUCUUCUGGAUCAUCCAAAUGCACUCUAGCAAACUUCAGACGGGCCUGGACAUGUACUGGCUUAAGCAGGGGGACACGUCUGGCACUGCAGGAUUUGAGUCCCUGGCGGCGUAGUGUGUUACUGAUGGUAGGCUUUGUUACUUUGGUCCCAGCUCUCUGCAGGUCAUUCACUAGGUCCCCCCGUGUGAUUCUGGGAUUUUUGCUCACCGUUCUUGUGAUCAUUUUGACCCCACGGGGUGAGAUCUUGCGUGGAGCCCCAGAUCGAGGGAGAUUAUCAGUGGUCUUGUAUGUCUUCCAUUUCCUAAUAAUUGCUCCCACAGUUGAUUUCUUCAAACCAAGCUGCUUACCUAUUGCAGAUUCAGUCUUCCCAGCCUGGUGCAGGUCUACAAUUUUGUUUCUGGUGUCCUUUGACAGCUCUUUGGUCUUGGCCAUAGUGGAGUUUGGAGUGUGACUGUUUGAGGUUGUGGACAGGUGUCUUUUAUACUGAUAACAAGUUCAAACCGGUGCCAUUAAUACAGGUAACGAGUGGAGGACAGAGGAGCCUCUUAAAGAAGUUGUUACAGGUCUAUGAGAGUCAGAAAUCUUGCUUGUUUGUAGGUGACCAAAUACUUAUUUUCCACCAUAAUUUGCAAAUAAAUUCAUAAAAAAUCCUACAAUGUGAUUUUCUGGAAAUUUUUUUUCUCAAUUUGUCUGUCAUAGUUGACGUCACGUUUUCCUCUAGGAUUUAGCCUGUGCUUAGCUCUUUUCCGUUUCUUUUUAUUCUAAAAAAACUUGCUAGUCCCUGCCGAUGACAAGCAUACCCAUCAUAUGAAGCAGCCACCACCAUGCUUGAAAAUAUGAAGAGUGGUACUCAUUGAUGUGUUGUGUUGGAUUUGCCCCCAAACAUAAUGUGUUGUAUUCAGGGCAUGAAGUUAAUUUAUUUUCCCAAUUUUUUGCAGUUUUUCUUUAGUGCCUUAUAGGGCUGACACCAAUUAGUCGACUGGUCGAUUGUUUGGUCGAUAGGCUGUUUGUCAACCGAGAAUUUGUUAGUCGAGCAGUAGCAUAUAUACUACAUGGCCAAAAGUAUGUGGACACCAGCUCUUCAAACGUCUAAUUCUAAAAUCAUUGGCAUUAAUAUGGAAUUGGUCCCCCAUUUGCUGCUAUAACAGCCUCCACUCUUCUGGGAAGGCUUUCCACUAGAUGUUGGAACAUUGCUGCAGAGACUUUCUUCCAUUCAGGCACAAGAGCAUUAGUGAGGUUGGGCACUGAUGUUGGGCGAUUAGGCCUGUCUCCUAAUCGGCGUUCCAAUUAAUCCCAAAGGUGUUUGAUGGGGUUGAGGUCAGGGCUCUGUGCAGGCCAGUCAAGUUCUUCCACACCGAUCUCAACAAACCAUUUCUGUAUGGACCUCGCUUUAUGCACAGGGGCAUUGUCAUGCUGAAACAGGAAAGGGCCUUCCCCAUGUUACCACAAAGUUGGAAGCACAGAAUCGUCUAGACUGUCAUUGUAUGCUGUAGCGUUAAGAUUUCCCUUCACUGGAACUAUGGGGCCUAGCCCGAACCAUGAAAAACAGCCCCAGACCAUUAUUCCUCCUCCACCAAACUUUACAGUUGACAAUACGUCCGUUCUGCCCCAUUCUGUGAGCUUGUGUGGCCUACCACUUCGCGGCUGAGACGUUGUUGCUCCUAGACUUUUCCACUUGACCGGGUCAGCUCUAGCAGGGCAGAAAUUUGACAAACUGACUUGCUGGAAAGGUGGUAUCCUAUGACGGUGCCACAUUGAAAGUCACUGUGCUCUUCAGUAAGGCCAUUCUAAUGCCAAUGUUUGUCGAUGGAGAUUGCAUGACUGUGUGCUCUAUUUUAUACACCUGUCAGCAAUCCACUAAUUUGAAGGGGUGACCACAUACUUUUGUAUAUAUAGUGUAUCAUGACUAUCAAUGAUGUCAAGAAGUUUGUAUGAAUCUCCCGUUUGGCAUGUCACUUAAUGUAAUGACAUGACAACUGCUGAAGUAGAAGAAGUAGAAGAAUCCACUAAUUUGAAGGGGUGUCCACAUACUUUUGUAUGUGUAAAAUAUAUAUACUGUACAGUCAAAAGUUUGGACACUCCUACUCAUUCAAGGGCUGGUACUGUAUAUGUGUAUACAGUGCAUUUGGAAAGUAUUCAGACCCCUUCACUUUUUCCACAUUUUGUUACGUUUCAGCCUUAUUCUAAAAUGGAUUAAUUAAAAAGUUUUAAUUAUUAUCAAUCUACACACAAUACCCCAUAAUGACAAAUUAAAAACAGAUACCUUUAUUUACAUAAGUAUUCAGACCUUUUGCUAUGAUACUCGAAAUUGAGCUCAGGUGCAUCCUGUUUCCAUUGAACAUCCUUGAGAUGUUUCUACAACUUGAUUGGAGACCACCUGUGGUAAAUUCAAUUGAUUUGGACAUGAUUUGGAAAGGCACACACCUGUCUAUAUAAGGUCCCAUAGUUGACAGUGCAUGCCAGAGCAAAAACCAAGCCAUGAGGUUGAAGGAAUUGUCUGUAGAGCUCCGAGACAGGAUUGUAUCGAGGCACAGAUCUGGGAUAGGUUACCAAAAAAUGUGUGCAGCAUUGAAGGUCUCCAAGAACACAGUGGCCUCCAUCAUUGUUAAACGGAAGAAGUUUGGAACCACCAAGAAUCUUCCUAGAGCUGGCCGCCGGCCAAACUGAGUAAUCGGGGGAGAAGGGCCUUGGUCAGGGAUGUGAUUCAAAAAUCAUUUUAAACACUAUUAUUGCACACAUAGUGAGUCCAUGCAACUUAUUAUAUGACUUGUUAAACACAUUUUUACUCCUGUACUUAUUUAGGGAUGCCAUAACAAAGGGGUUGAAUAUUUUUGACUCAUUUUUAGUUAAUUUGUAAAAAUGUCUAAAAACAUAAUUCUACUUUGACAUCAUGGGGUAUUGUGUGUAGGCCAGUGACACAAAAUCUCAACUUAAUCAAUUUUAAUUUCAGGCUGUAACACAGCAAAAUGUGGAAAAACUGAAUGGGUGUGAAUUCUUUCUGAAGGCACUAGUUUAUGAAGGUUUUAACUCCGGUGUCCAUAUUUAAAUACUUAGCUAUAGCCUAGCUAGCUAAUUCUAUUUUUAAAAAAUGUGCUUGUGUGUAUUUUAUGUUGUCUGUCUUCUAUGCAGAGAAUGAUGUUGGUGGUGAAACCUGGACUGCCAAUGCUCAUGGGUGGAACUUGCGCUCCUUGCGUUAUACUGUCCGUGUCCGCCAUCGGCGUCACUGACACUGCCGAGAAGAACAAGGAACACAGUGCCAAUAUCUUCCCUUUCCUCACAGGAGAACUUGGACUUACUGAAGACCGGUUAGAAGCUGAUUUAUGCAACAAAUCAUUAAUUUAUUUUAGCUUAGUGUACUAUCCUCUACUGCAGAGCUUUGGUUCUGUUCUAAUGACAGAAAAAAAUGUGUAUGCAGAAGAUAAGAGGAUCUUGCAUUUCUGCAUUGGUGUGGCUAAAGGGCAAUAUGUAAUGAUACCUUCUCUCACAUUGAAAGUAGGAGUGUCCAACUCAACUCUGUUAUGGCUCUGUAUGUCAGUUCUUGUACACUGCAAGUUCCUGUACCCAGCCUGCCUGCAUACUCUUUAGAGCCCAACUCAACUUUGACUCAACUACAAUUUUUCAUCUGUUUCUUAUCUGUUAUGCCAUGGUGUGUCUGGAUUUAUGGGUAGUUCAGAUGUCUAGGCUAGGCUACUACUACCAUGAAGUAUUGAUUAUAGUCUAAGGCCCUAUGCCUGUAAGGGGUUGCACAGGAGAUCUUUCAACACCAUAUAGCAUUCAAAGUAUGUAUUGACUUUUUAAAUUGCAUUUGAUAUUACAUAAAUAUAAUAUUGCAUUUAGUAGAUUGAAAUUAUAGCAACAUGGUCUUCUGGUAUAUGGUUUUCAAUGCAUGAAUCUAAUUGUAGGUGAACUUGUAUUCCACAGGGUCGUGAUCAGGUUCUACGCACUGGAGCCACAUCAGGUUGGAAAGAAAGGAACAGUUAUGAGUUACCUGUAGGAGGCACUUUCUGCAACAGAAUGACUUCAAACAUCUAUUCCACAACAGUUACCAUCGGAGAGAACAAACCCUGGCAGUGGAUUUCCACCACUCAAUUGGACAUGACAAAGACCUGUACUGAAUUUUGAUCACUAUGGUAUGUGACCCCAUGAAUCUAUGCCCUGGAAACUCGUUCAUUUAUAUUACAUAGUUGUCUGCGAUAGUAAACCAGAACCAUACAUUUGACAAGCUAGCUGAUAUAAGAAUAUAUUCAUUUUUGAUUAGAGGAAAUGUAAAUCAAUUGACCUGUAUUCAAAGCUUUUACUAUGUAAUUUCACCUAUUCAUUUAGCAUACAUGAUAGACAAGUAUUAACAAUAAAUCAUUAAUUACAUACUAUGCAAUGAAAUCUAGGUAAAUGUCAGUGUACGGCAGCUGUGAAAUACCAUUCUAUGCAUUUGUUGAGAGUAUAGAAGUAGAUUAGCACAUAACACACUAUGUUGCAUUGGACUAACAUGCAUACUGUAUUUGUGAAGGACUGUGCUUAGUACAUUUCCAUAUAAUGUAUUCCUUUUGAGUAAAUGUUGUGAAGGCUUUGCUGUACAAUUAGUCUUACUUGAAGUAAAAGUACUUAAAUUCUUA